AUUAACUUUAGGUAUGAUUGUUGUGGAGAAGAUUUCUUAAGUUGGAGCCGUGCUGCUGUGGGACUCCUCAGAGAUGCAGCUGUCUUUAACUCAUCCAGGCUUUUGGUCGCUGCUUCUACUACUGAUGUCCAACCUGCUCCUGUGGGAGGAUGUGGCCUCAGUGCCCAUGUGUUUAAUGAGGAAUGGGCGCUGCUUUGCUCCUUUGGGAGAAAUGCUUGAUCGAGCAGUCAGUUUGUCUGAGCACAUAAGUAAACAAGCAUUUGAAAUGUUCACUGAAUUCGAUAGUCAGUAUGCCCAGAGCCACCAGCUCAUUAGCAAGAACCUCAAAAAAUGCCACACAUCUUCUCUUGAUCUUCCCAGGAAUAAAGCUCUGCAGACACAUCCAAUCGCCCUACUGAAAUUAGUGGAAAGCUUGUUGAGUGCCUGGAAAGUCCCCAUGUAUCAUCUAGUGAAAGAAAUGCCUUCCUUGAAAGACAUCCCUGCUACAGUCCUCGCCAAAGCCAGAGACAUUAAAGAAAAGAACAAUGGACUCCUGGAGGGGGUUAGGAGCAUUCUCAUCCAGAUUCAAAGUAAAGAGGAAAGAAAUGAGAACUAUCCUGUGUGGUCUGGACUGGCAGCCUUGAAAUCUGACAGUGAAGAUACUCGCCAGUUUGCAUUUUAUAACCUGAUCCGCUGUGCAGGCAGAAAUGCUCAAAAGGUUGAAUCUUCUCUCAAGAUUGUGAAGUGCAAAAUAUUAAAACAAAACAACUGUUAAGCCCUUUCCACCACACCUUUUCUGAGAUGCUACUGGAUGAUCUGUUGAUGUGAAACGUCCUUUAAGUUUUUCUCUUCUGAAUGCAUGCUUGUUGUGAUGGUUAUCUUCUUUUAAAAUAAAAACUGACUCCAUAUAUGCUACCCUCUGAAGGGCCAGCCAAAUGAUCAUAA